AUGGGCCAACCAAACGGCAAGGAUUCCAAGAUGGGGAGACGGGGCAGCAGGAGUGAUGACGCGCCUGUUGUUGGUUACGUCCAUCGUGGCAGCUCCGCAGUCAACCAACCCGUCAGAUUGCGUACGGGGACCAUGCGAGAGAACAUUCUGCAGCAACCAGCACAGCACCGUGAUCCCAUGAUGGAGGUAACUCUCUCCGCGUCUGGCGGCACGGGGGUUAAGCGUAAUGGCGCAAUUCACACGGGUGAUCCAUUUGUGAAGACGAAGAAGUACCCCAUCGUUCUGCGCUACGCCGACAAAGAUGCCAAGAAGCUGCUGUCCAACAAGCGAAGGAUUUAUGUUGCAGUAGAGUCGCUGGAGUGGCGCCCGGUACAAAUGGCGCCCAGUGAGGAUUCCUUCUACGCCAUCGUUGAGCUCACGCCAGGCAGCCACCGAUACCGCUUCCUCGUUGACGACGAGCAGGUCGUCGACAGCACGCAGCCCCUCGCAGACAUGCCGCAGGACGGCUCCAAGGAUGCCCCUGCGAAUCUCCUGCAGCUUAACGAGGUUCUCUUGACGACCAAGGAGGACGAGGAGAUUAUGGAUGACGGGGACGGGUGGGGCCAGAACCACGAGAUCUUCGAGGAGACGCGGAAGUAUCCGCCCAUCGUGCCAGUGCACUUGCGCUACACACCACUCAACACCCCACCCACCGCCGUGCGCUGCACACGCGACGGUGUGAUGUCGGCGGGCGAAGUCAUGCCGCCGGAGCACCUUCCGCUGCCGUUGAAUGUGACGAUCAACCACGUCUACUUUCAGCGUCGCGAGGACCACUCCGUCAUGGGACUGACAACACGCUACUGCAACAAGUACACUACAGUAGUGUACUACUCGAAGAUGGGGGCACCGAGUGGGUGA